AUUAACAAACCAUAUCUUAAAAGCUUCUUUGACAAAAUUACCUUUCUAGAAACUUUUUAAAUAGGUUAAAAAAAACUACCCCGAUUUGUUAGGAUUUAAAUAUUAUUGAUCAAUUUGACACUAUCACUGACGGUUCUAAUAUUGAUGGCUGAUGAUAGUUUGUCUAGUUAGUCUAUUUACGUUUAUAUUUACUAGUACAACACUAAAUUAGGUGAAUAUUGUGAAUUUGAUUGUUAGCUCACUGAAGUCGUUUUCUCCAUGGUUACAGCGUACGUGUACUCACGUACGUGUUUUUAGCUGACGUAGCUUUGUGAAUUGCCAAUAUAUGUUGUAUGCUUGCUUUUUCCUGCGCCUGUUAUUAGAGAAAACGGAGUCCAAAGAGGAAAACAAUCCUCAGGUGGUUACCAAAGGUAGUGACGCAGUGGAAGAGCAGACAGCACAGGGACCUCUUUACUGAAACAGCGACAAUGACAGCACAGAGAGCUGCACGAAGCUGUGCAAACAUUUAUUUGACUCUGUAGAAGACCUCUGCUGCUUUGGAGGCGAAUUUAGAUUCUGUACAUUGCAACGUGAAACUGCCCGAUGGAGAAAUAUGAAAAACUGGCCAAAAUUGGAGAGGGCUCCUAUGGUGUGGUGUUCAAGUGCAAGCACAGAGAUACGGGCCAGAUAGUUGCCAUAAAGAAGUUUGUGGAGUCUGAAGAUGAUCCAGUCAUUAGAAAGAUUGCACAGAGAGAAACACGUAUGCUUAAGCAGCUCAAACAUGUAAAUUUGGUCAACCUACUGGAAGUCUUCAGGAGAAAAAGACGGCUCCAUUUGGUGUUUGAGUUCUGUGAACAGACGGUCCUCAAUGAGCUGGACAAGCACCCCCGAGGCGUACCUGAGGCUCAGCUGAAAAGUAUUGUGUGGCAGACCCUGCAGGCUGUGAACUUCUGUCACAAGCACAGCUGCAUCCAUCGCGAUGUGAAGCCAGAGAACAUCCUCCUCACCAAAAGCGGAGUUAUCAAGCUGUGUGACUUUGGCUUCGCCCGCAUUCUCACAGGACCAGAGGAUGACUACACAGACUACGUGGCGACCCGCUGGUACCGGGCCCCUGAGCUGCUAGUUGGGGACACUCAGUAUGGACCUCCUGUGGACGUCUGGGCUCUGGGCUGUGUCUUUGCUGAGCUUCUCAACGGGAAUCCUCUCUGGCCGGGGAAGUCUGAUGUUGACCAACUGUACCUCAUCCGAAAAACUCUGGGUGACUUGAUCCCCCAUCACCAACAGAUUUUCCAUUCCAAUGUUUUCUUCUCUGGAGUUAGCAUUCCUGAACCAGACACGAUGGAACCGUUGGAAUGGAGAUUCCAUGGAGCGUCUCCUCAAGCUCUUCAGGUCAUGAAGUCAUGCCUGGUGAUGGACCCUUCAUUCAGGCUGUCCUGUGAGGAGCUGCUGGAGCUGCCAUACUUUCAGGAUCAGGGAGCGGCCAACUGGGGCCGUGAGGUGGCGCGCCCUGGAAGAAGACAUGACAGAGCGUCCCGGCGCCGACAAGCCGGGGUCCAGUACCUUCCUCAGUUACCUCACAGUAACAUCUCACCAGCCCCAGAUGUCAAGAAACUAGUAAAGCAUAACUAUCACCUGCCUAACAUUUAAAAUAAAGUACCAAAAACUCCAUCUGCAGCCGUUGCUGGAAAUAAUAAACAAUGCACUCGCUUUGCUAUGCUGUGCGUUGUUACUUCAACACUAUCUCAUGUGAAUUUUGGCAAACCCAAAAUAUUUAAAAACGACUGACAGGUUAUUUUUUAUUGUUCAUAAGAUAGAUAAAAAAUGAUAGCCUCAUUCAACUAAAUGUGCAGAUAUUUUCUUUUAUGCUCUUUUCUGCUGUUUAGAUUAAACAGCGUAUAUAAAAGUUACAUACCACCUCAGGAAGGAAAUAGCCUCAAGUUGUUCUGCACAGUUAAACUGAAAAACCUCAGAUGGAUCAGAUGUCUGAACAAAUACCACUGCUGAAGGGUUACUGUUAGGGGCCUUUCCCCUGAAUUUAAUGUUGAGUUCUGGAAAUGUGGCUCAAAUGGAAAGGAAAUGAGCGCACCUCUGCAAAGGUCUUGUACUUUAACAGAAUGCAAAACGCCCAUCACUGUCUUUGUUUCUAUAAGUGGUAAAAUCUUCUGCAUUUAUCCUCAGCAUUGAUUUAUCUGAUGUGGUUUUGAGUGGUCAGUAAAAGGCACUUGAACCUUUUUUUAUGCAUGACAUUGUUUGACUGAUUGAGUUAUCUGAAUGACUUGUAUUUAAAACCAUUGUAAGAAAAACACAGUGUGGAAAAUGGCAGAUUUUUGCAAUUAAAAAUGAAUAUUUAACCUUGUAAA